AGUAUCUCACUCCCAGUCGCCUCCGCACAUACAAAUACGCGACGGGAACGGCCAGGGCCGAACCCUAAAACCAUCGCCCUGCCCCCGCCUCCGCCUCCGCCUCCGCUGCAUCCCAUGGCGGCCGUGCAGCGCCUCCUCCGGGCAGUCGCCCCCGGUGGCUCGGCAGCGGCGGCGGUCAGGAGGCGCAUGACGUCGCUUGCGCCGGAGCAGGCGCCGUCUGCGGCCGCCGGGUUCCCAUUCGCGGCGGAGCAGAGAGCAAGGCGGCCGGUGGCGGCGGAGAGGAACGUGCAGUGGGUGUUCCUGGGCUGCCCCGGCGUGGGCAAGGGCACCUACGCGAGCCGCCUGUCGCGCCUCCUCGGCGUGCCGCACAUCGCGACGGGGGAUCUUGUUCGCGACGAGCUCGCCUCCACCGGGCCACUUGCUACGCAGCUUGCUGAAAUUGUUAAUCAGGGGAAAUUAGUUUCUGAUGAAAUUAUCAUCAAUCUUUUGUCCAAAAGGCUUAAGAAAGGAGAAGACCAGGGAGAAUCAGGAUUUAUUCUUGAUGGUUUUCCCCGUACAGUAAAACAAGCGGAAAUUCUUGAUGGCGUUACAGACAUUGAUAUGGUGGUUAAUCUGAAACUAAGAGAAGAUGUUAUAGUAGAGAAGUGCCUUGGCAGAAGGAUUUGCGGCCAAUGUGGAAAGAACUUCAAUUUGGCCUGCAUUGAUGUUAAGGGUGAAAAUGGACUCCCACCAAUCUACAUGGCACCACUGUUGCCCCCAAACAACUGCAUGUCGAAGCUUAUUACCCGAGCUGAUGAUACCGAAGAGGUGGUCAGAAAUCGGCUUCAGAUAUAUAAUGACAUGAGUCAACCUGUGGAAGGUUUCUACCGAGAGCAGGGGAAGCUCUUGGAAUUUGACUUGCCUGGUGGGAUCCCUGAAUCUUGGCCAAAGCUGCUCCAGGUUCUAAACCUCGAGGACCAAGAGGAGUUGAGGUUGGCUGCAGCGUAGCCGCGUAGGUCUCUGGGAGACCGACCUACAUACUGGGAAAAAGACCAUACCACAUUUUUUUUGAAUAAUGGAGAAGAGGAAACUUACUCCAUAGUUUAGUGCGUUAUGCAGAAGUAAUGGUUUUCUUGUAAAAAUCGAUUUGUUGGUUUCCACCGGCGUUUUGAUGAUGAGCCGGUACUAUGUAACUUACGAUAGCUGUAAGCACUAAGCAGCCCAUUCUUGCUUGGGACACAGUUUGGAGCGCAUGAAGACAUGCUGUAGUGUUUUUUUUUUUAAUUCA